CUCACGCACACACACGGAUCUAUCGCUUCCCCACAAGCCCCUCCCCUAUCCCCUUCAUUACCAUCCCCACCACCCUCGGUUCACACUCUUUCACCUCCAAGGUCUCGCUCUCUUUAAGCCCUUCUCCCUUCUCUUUAUCUAUCUCAAUUCUGGUAGCCAUGGAGCUGCACCACCUUAUCAGCCCUUAUUACCUCAACGUGAAUCCACCGCCAGAAAGUGGUGAUAGAGAUCGAGAUCGAGAUCGGGACCGAGACCGAGAUCGGUUCCCCCAAUGGAGCCACGACGAGACCAAGGAAUUCUUGGCCAUCCGGGCCGAGCUCGAUGGGACCUUCAUGGAGACCAAGCGCAACAAGCCCUUGUGGCAGGCCAUCUCCGCGCGGCUGGAGCACAAGGGUUUCAACCGCACCCCGGAGCAGUGCAAGUCCAAGUGGAAGAAUCUCGUCACUCGUUUCAAGGGGAGCGAGGCAACGGAGGGGGAGAGCAGCAGGCAGUUCCCCUUCUACGAGGAGAUGCGGAUGAUAUUCUCGGAGAGGAUGGAGAAACUGCUGGCUUUGAGCAAAGACAAAGGGAAGGGAGUGCAAGUCCAGGGAGAGGAGUGGGGGGAGGCGGAGGAGGAGGAGCAGGAGGAGGAGAAGCUGGGGGAGAGUAAGAAGAAGAGGAAGGUGGAGAGGAAGAGGGGAUCUGAAGGAGAGUUGGAGAAUGCUCUCAGGGAGUUCGCGAGGCGGCAGCUGGAAAUGGAAGCUCGAUGGAUAGAGGCGGCGGAGGCGAGGGAGGCGGAGAGGAGGGCUAAAGAAGAGGAGUGGAGGAGAGCAAUGGAGGCUUUGGAGGAGGAGAGGAGGGUGAUGGAAACGAGGUGGAGGGAGAGGGAGGAGCAGCGACGAGAGAGGGAGGAGGCCCGGGCCGAAAGGCGGGAUGCGUUGGUAACCGCCCUUCUUGCGAAGCUAAGAAAAGAAGGGUUGUAGUUUUGUUAGGGUUGUAGUUUUGUUAGCUAGGGCAGCUCAUUGUUAAGUAAUAUAGGGCUAGCUUCCGUCUUGAUCGUGGAAUGAAACGUGGAAGGAAAAGAGAAACAAAUUAAAAGGUUUGCGCUUCGAACUUGGCCUUUGAUUUUGAAUCUAUGCUGCUAUUUACUUUUGUUUUUUCUUUCGUUUCUCCUGCCUUUGGUUAGUAAAGAUGUUAGGGUUUAUUAAAAAAAAAGGGAAAGAGGCUAUGUACUCGACCAUCUUUGAGAGAUGUGCUCAGAAAAGAUCGUCUUUGAGAGAUGCUUUGCUCGCCAUGAGAGGAGAGUAUCAGUACCAUGAUCUAGUAGAAGUAUGCAAAUGCUUUUCUUCCCACUGAAUCAUUUACCUUUAAGACUCCUGAAAAGGGGAAAGAAAUAAUGAUCUUCUUUUA